UUAAAGUAGUCCCACUCCGGUUCGGCCAGAGCGUCCACGGUGCUCAUCAUGUCACCGUGUCAAGAACGUUGCUUUUUAUUAACUAACGUUAGUAAAUUUGUCAGCUAGCGGUAAAGCAGACUGAACAUUUAUGAGCCUGCUUUUUAAUUCACAGUGACUUCAGGACCUUUUCAAACUUUGGAUGGAGUCAGCGUCCAGCUUCUCAGUUUUUUUCGUAGUCACUGCAGGGAACCUCAGGGUUUGGGAUUCAGGACAUCCUGCCCAUCGUCGGUGAGGGAAGAAUGGUCAAGUACUUCUCUAAUAAGACGGACAUCAGGAGCACAUGGGACCUUGUCGCCUCUGCUUUCUGGCAGAGGUAUCCAAACCCAUUCAGCACCCAUGUUCUAACAGAGGAUGUUGUGUACCGGGAGGUGACUGCGGACAACCAGCUCUUCUCCAGACGUCUCCUGACGAAGACCAAUCGGCUGCCUCGCUGGGCAGAGCGGUUCUUCCCUUCUGGCAUGUCUCGCUCUGUGUACAUCAUUGAGGACUCCAUUGUGGACCCUGUCAAUAGAAACCUCAUCACUUACACCUGGAACCUUAACCACACAACUAUCAUGUCAGUUGAAGAACGUUGCAUUUUUCAAGACUCGGCAGAAGAACCGGCCACCACCCUGCUCAAACGGGAGGCCUGGAUUUCCUCGAGCAUUUUUGGCUUCUCUAGACCAAUUCAGGAGUUUGGAUUGGCUCGCUUCAAGAGCAACCAGGUGAAGGCCAUGAAGGGACUGGAAUACGCACUGUCCAAUUUACAAGGAGAGGCAACACCGUGGCUGCUCAGGGACUCAGUGAAAGAUGCAUCGGGAAAGGCCAAAGAAGCAGCAAAGAACCUGGCUUCAGCUGCGGCUAACCCACAGAAACCCCAGCAGUACAUCUGACAGGAUUGUGCGUGUGUGUGUGUGACAUUUCAGACCAGUGACAUCAGUGCUACACAAAGCCUUUUGAUCACUGUGAACAUGUCAGCUCGCCUGAAGUUUUCUCUGCACUGCUUCUCCGUCUUAUGAAGGAGCCUCUGUGUGAUUGUGUCUGUUCUCCUCAGUCAGACUGACUUUUCUUUUUUUUGUCUGUCUGUCUGUCUGUCUGUCUGUCUAUUUCUCAACUUUCACUUAACCUCAGGUUGUUUUGUCAGGCCUUUGAAUGAAAUGUAUUGCCUUUCUGUCAGUGUCAAUGCUUUAACUAAGACUCCAUUCAGACCUGGUAUUGUCAUCUGUCCUGAGUGAUACAAUCGCGUGCACAUCGCGCAAAGUACGGAUCUGAGCAGUUCCCAAUCCGCCCUCAGAUCUGAUCACAUAAACCACAUUCUGAGGUAGUUUGAGGACACACGUGGCCACAUUCCUGAACUAUCAGGAUGGAUGACAGACCACCUGCUCAAUUUACGUCAUCUGAGUCACUGAGGUUUCCCGGUGGAUAAGAUCUUAUUUCAUGUCGCAGCAGCACUAGUAGUGCUUGACUUCAUUCAGCUCCUUCUCCUACUUUCAUUUUUCCCUCUAACUCUGUCACUCGUGUAGACACACACACACACACACACAACAUAGAGCAGACGUCUGGUUUGCUGCUUGAGGCCAACCAGGAAGUAAGGAUAUAUUAAAUAUCCAACAGAGGGCGACUCUGCUAUUUGCAAAACGAACUCUAUAAGUGCCUCCACACAGUUCUGGUUCCGGCUCUGGAACCUUGUUUCUGGCGAACCAGCCCAUGUUCACACCAGUUUAAGAGGAACCAAAGUGGGAGGACACAUCUCCGUACUUCCUCUAAUUCCCAGUGGUCUUCUUAACCCAGAGUAGGAAAAUGAUCCUACUUUCCCCUUGGUCUAUCACAGAAGUGCAACACUUUCCUGAGGAGUUAAUGAUCUCAAACACUAGUUCCAGCUCUUCUUAAGGAGAACAUGAGAAAAAGCACAGCACAAAUUUACGUCGAGACACAUCUGUACAGUUACUAACAGACGGGAGAAGACGGGUCUAAUCAUGUGACCACACAUCUUAAUACCAGGUGUAAACAGGCACUUGGUGAGCUGUCGAUCACAGGACAGAUGUUCACACCAGGUCUGAGCAGGAAGUUGGUCAGUGUGUUCUUGGCCUCUUGUAUAUAAUGACACAGUGAAGUCAACUGCAGAAUGUCAAUGAAUAAUUAUAUAUUUAUUAGUACGUAUGCUUUUCGGUUUUUUUCACUGUGCAUUUCCAGCACAGUGUUAUCACAAUAUCUCAAUGCUGUGAAUACAUACAUUUGGAUUAUAAUGUAAUGUUUUAAUAUUUUAACCAUUUAAUGUAAUGGUUUCCUAUUGACUUUUUCUUUUUUCCAUUUUGUAGCAUUAAGUUAAGUGUCCUACUUUGAAACAUAGCACACACUGAAGUGUUAGAAGAGUCACAUAGCAAUUGUAUUCUGUGACCUGAACAGAAGGUUUGGUGUAAACACUAACAGUGAGUUGUUAGUUUCUUGCCGGCACAGAUUGUGCCAAAGCUCUAAACUAUCGCACGACAACACUGUCAGGUGCAGAUUCAUGAUGCAAAGUGAUGAGACUUGAACUAUGUGACUGUGUCACAGACGUGCAUUAGAGUGAUAGUAGAUCGAUCUUCAGGUCGGUGUGAAGUUCACUGACUACAUUCCAUUGUAGAUGGAGAUGACUGGAUUAUCUUUUGUGCUGUAAGACUUGAAUUAUAGUCGAGGAAUGAGUUAAUGUGAUGCAUUUUGAAGGAUUAUUUAAGACUGUGGUACUUGUUUCAUGCAGAUUUAUUUUAAGCAGGCACCGAGAUGUUCAAAUAUAUGUCAAACUGAUGAUUUGCAACAUAUCAACAAUGCAUUUAAAGUCACUUUAAUUUCUUUUGUCCAAGUGAGCUUCAUUAAAAUUUUACAAGUUUUAAUUUUG